AUGAAAUCCACAGACCUGGAGACGUGGUUCUGGGUGGGCUAUUUGAGGUGCACUAUACUUCUGUUUUCCCUGAGAGGACUUACACCUCAGAGCCACAACCACCCAGCUGCAAAGGGUACGUAUCACACACACACAUUUAUGAAGUAGAAAGCAAGGAUCUGUGAAAUUUUACUGUUUGAUAUCAUCUGAUAUAAUUUGUCUUAAAAUACAUGUGCUAAAAUUCUCUUGAAACAAUUGUAUUUUCUAUUUUUGUUGCAAUUCUUAGGUAUAGAGUAUUUCUGCAAAUAUCGUUGCAUUUAUAGAAAUGAUCAUUUUAAAUCCUUCAGGUCCUAAAGUCAAAGUCAUUAUUUUAUCUGUGAUAUUGUGUUUGUCAGAUUUGAUACUCUAGGAUUCAGACAUGCAAUGACCAUGGCCUUUGCUAUCCAUGAGAUCAACAAAACCCCAAAUCUGUUACCUAAUGUGACUCUGGGAUACAGUCUGCACGACAACUGCGGUGCACUUGUAGUAGGAUUCAGUGGUGGGUUAUCUCUGGUCAGUGGCAGAGAGGAGCAGUAUGUGUUUGAGGAGAACUGUUCAGGGACCCCUCCAGUCCUCGGGAUUGUUGGUGAUUCUGCUUCGACAUAUACCAUAGCAACGUCCAAUGUGCUGGGUCUUUACAAAAUGCCAAUUGUAAGUGUUUCUAGCCCGUAAUCUCUGAUUGUAUUUAUGCAUAUACAAUCAUGAAGCCAUAACUGCUUUAAAAGUUACACCUUCUUGUUAAACAUGUACAUGUUAUGGAUGAUUUUAUACUGCAUAAUUCUCUCUAGGUGAGUUAUUUUUCCACUUGUUCCUGUCUGAGUGAUCGGCAGCGUUUUCCAUCCUUCUUUAGAACAAUCCCAAGUGACACUUUCCAGGUGAGGCUCAAAAAAAAAAAAUCUCUGUUUCCUACACAACAAAGGUAAAAGACACUUGUAUUUUCUACUUCAGGUCCGCGCUAUGAUUCAGAUCCUUAAACACUUUGGCUGGACUUGGGUGGGCCUGCUGGUCAGCGAUGAUGACUACGGUCUCCAUGUUGCUCGAUCUUUCCGAUCUGUCCUGACUCCGUCUGGUGGAGGCUGUCUGGCCUACUUGAAGGUUUUGCCCUGGGACAGUGACCCAGCUGAGCUUGAGAAGAUUGUUGAUGAGAUGAAGAAGUCCACAGCUCGUGUGGUCAUGGUGUUUGCCCACGAGUUCCACAUGAUUCAUCUGAUGGAAGAGGUUGGAGAAUAAUCUGUAAAGAGAUCAAUACUGAUUUUUCAUAUAUAUAUAUAUAUAUAUAUAUAUAUAUAUAUAUAUAUAUUCAAUGCUAUUUCAUUAACACCAAAAAUCUCCUCACAGGAGCUUUAAUACUUAAAUGACAAGACUUCAUUUUUCGUGUUAUGGAGGGAAGUUUACAAUCAAAUACAAUUAAGUUACACAGGCAUUUCAUAAUUGUCCCUAAGUAUUAAACUAUGUCCUUGAACAAACACUGUGUUACACAAGAAGAUUUUUUCCUUCAAUUAUCUUAAACAGAAACUCUAAAGUAUUCUGCACACAGAUUCUGAGGCAGAACGUGACAGACCUGCAGUGGAUAGCAAGUGAAGCCUGGACAGCAUCUACUGUGCUCCAGACCCCAGAAUUCAUGCCGUUCCUGAGGGGAACACUGGGCAUUGCAAUCCGUCGAGGAGAAAUACCAGGACUCAGGGAAUUUCUCCUCCAAAUACGUCCUGACCAUAAUGACAACGACCAAACUAACAUGGUAGGAGCUGAAUAAUUUAAUGUGAAAUAAAUCAUCAACAAUAACGAUAAAAAAUAAAAAUCAUUUAUCUUUGAUUUUGUCAAUAUCUCAAUUCUAGGUGAGACAGUUUUGGGAAUUCACAUUUGGGUGUAAAUUUGCUCCAACAAGUCAGUUAAAAUCAGGAGAAACACUCUGCACCGGAGAAGAAGACUUAAGGAAAGCCAAGACUGAGUUCCUGGAUGUUUCUAAUCUCAGGCCUGAGUACAAUAUUUACAAGGCUGUGUACGCUCUGGCAUAUGCCUUUGAUAAUAUGUUGCGCUGUGUGCCUGGGAGAGGGCCUUUCAGUGGACACAGCUGUGCUAAUCUGCAAAGACUGGAGCCAUGGCAGGUAUCAUAUCAGUUUUCUCGUUGUGUAUAUUUUUGUAGGUGAUAGUUCCUCAUGUAGUUAUUUGUUAAUAGGCAAAGCAGACUGAACUUCAGGAUGUUAAAAAAAAAUCUGAAGUAUUUAAGGAUGAUUUCCUUUUUUUUUUUGUAGUAUCUUCAUUAUUUGCAAAACGUCAACUUCACCACACCCUAUGGUGAUCAGGUUUCAUUUGAUGAGAAUGGCGAUGCCUUACCGAUCUAUGAUAUUAUCAACUGGCUGUGGCUCCCUGAUGGAAGAACUAAAGUUCAAACUGUGGGUGAGGUGAAGAGGUCCGACUCAAAAGGUGAUGAACUGAAAAUUGAUGAAGACAAAAUCUUCUGGAACUUUGUACUGAAAAAAGCAAGUACAACUUUUUCAGAUGAAAUUCCAUGUUUGGAAAUUUUGAGCACUUGACUAAAUCUGUAUCUGAUUCUCCUCACAGCCACCGAGGUCAGUGUGCAGUGAGAGCUGUCCCGCAGGUACUCGCAUGGCCAGAAAGAAAGGGGAACCUCUGUGCUGUUUUGACUGUAUCCCAUGUUCUGAUGGAAAGAUCAGCAAUCAAACUGGUGUGUUAACCAGCUAUAUAAAUUAUUUUUAUGAGCUAAAGAAUGAAUCUCACUAACAUCUCUUUCUUGUCAGACUCCAUGGAGUGCACCAGCUGUCCUGAGGACUUCUGGUCCAGCCCGAAACAUGACCACUGUGUUCCCAAGAAAACUGAAUUUCUCUCUUAUCAUGAGCCUUUGGGUAUCUGCUUAACAGCUGCCUCAUUACUUGGCACAUUUCUUUGUGCUUUUGUUUUGGGAAUCUUCACCUAUCACCGCAGGACACCCAUGGUACGAGCCAACAAUUCAGAGCUGAGCUUCCUGCUCCUGGUGGCACUAAAACUUUGUUUCCUCUGCUCACUGCUGUUUAUUGGUCGGCCCAGACUGUGGACAUGCCAGCUGAGACAUGCUGCGUUUGGGAUCAGCUUUGUUCUUUGUGUCUCAUGUAUUCUGGUCAAAACCAUGGUUGUCAUUGCUGUGUUCAAGGCCUCCAAACCAGGAGGUGGAGCUGUUCUCAAGUGGUUUGGUGCCAUGCAGCAGAGAGGAACGGUUCUGCUUCUUACUUCCAUCCAGGCAGCAAUCUGCACUGUGUGGAUUGUCUCUUCCUCACCAGCUCCACAUAAAAACACUCAAUAUCAUGCUGACAAGAUUGUUUAUGAAUGUGUCGUCGGGUCCACUGUUGGCUUUGCAGUUUUACUUGGCUAUAUUGGCCUUCUUGCGACCCUGAGCUUCCUGUUAGCAUUUCUUGCAAGAAAUCUUCCUGAUAACUUCAAUGAGGCCAAACUCAUCACUUUCAGCAUGCUGAUCUUCUGUGCUGUGUGGGUGGCCUUUGUUCCUGCUUAUGUCAACUCUCCGGGGAAAUAUGCAGAUGCUGUGGAAGUAUUUGCCAUCCUGGCCUCCAGUUUUGGUAUCUUGGUGGCACUGUUUGGACCUAAAUGUUAUAUAAUCCUGCUUAGACCAGAGAGGAACACAAAGAAAGCAAUCAUGAGUCGAGGAACCUUCAAUUGA